CAUGCGCGUUGCUGCUCGGCAACUGGCUGAACUCUGGGAAGUUUGGCCAAGUGUAGCCCAACAAGCUAGCAGCAGGAAAAGACCUCCACAGCCAAAAACUUGCCUUUUUUUUUUUGUUUUUUUUGGUGGCGUAAAAAAAGUUCCAAUCAGACGGAACCUCGCACCACGCAGGAAACUGCUAACAGCUCCCCAUGGAUUUAACGCGUUUUUCGUCACGCCACUCGCCUGAACCGGGGCGUUAGGCAACUUUUGGAAGAAAAAGUUGUGAUUGUUUUUUUUUUGUUUUUUUUUUGGCGCUCGAGGAAAGAUGGAGGCUCUGCUCGUGUAGCAGCAGGCUAAGGCUAAUGUUAGCUGGCGUCGUCCGGGCGUCAGUCGGAGGGAAUUUCCGACACGUUUGGACGCCACUUUGACUGCUGUGUGUGUCUGUAUGUGCUGCUCUGACCAACAUCACUGUGAGGCGUGACGAAGGUAGCGUGCUGAUGACCGUCAUUGGACCUCUGGCCAUGGAGGAAGACCUUAGAUGUGCGAGGGUGCAGUGAGGAAUCAUGGGUAGCUGCUCAAGCUGUCCAGAGAAAGAGUUGAUCCCAGAUAAUCAUCAGAGUAAAUUCAAGGUGAUCAAUGUGGACGAUGAUGGGAAUGAGCUGGGCUCUGGCGUGAUGGAGCUGACCGACGCCGAGCUGGUCCUUCACACGCAUCGCCGCGACGACGUCAAGUGGCCUUACCUGUGCCUGCGUCGCUAUGGCUACGACUCCAACCUGUUCUCCUUUGAGAGCGGGCGCCGCUGUCAGACCGGCCAAGGCAUUUUUGCUUUCAAAUGUUCCCGGGCUGAAGAAAUCUUCAACAUGCUGCAGGAAGUGAUGCACAGUCACAGCAUCAGUGUUGUGGAGGAGGCAGUGCUGGAACCCAACCACCAGGGGGCACUCUCUCCUGCAGCUUUGGGAUAUUCGGUUCCGACGGUCCCGAACGGCGUGUCCAACAGGAUCCCGUCGGUGGGCGACGUGCCGUCUCACCCCUCCAGCCGACACCCGUCUGUGGCCAGCACGCGUCUUCCGUCAGUGGGAGAAGAGUCCACACACCCCCUGCUAGUGGCUGACGACAAUGUGCACACGUACGUCAACACGACAGGUCUCCUGGAGGAGCAGCCGAGCCCGCUGACUGUCACCACGCCGCUGGAGAGCCCCACCUCCCCCCAGGCCUGCUGCCCGCCCACUCCACCGCCUCCUCCCCGGGUUAGCGUCGACGUGCCGCCUCCCCAGGAGCCCCAGGUGCUGCUGGAGCCACAGGGCGUGCGCUUUGUGCUGGGCCCCACCCCCGUUCAGAGGCGGCUGCAGGAGGCCGGUGAGACUGAGGUGACCAAUGGUCACGCCGCUCCUGACGAGCCGCCUGCCGCGCCAUCCGCCGCCCACUCCAAUGGCUCGUCAACCAAUUCGGCUGCAGCUCCUCGCCGCCACCGCCCACCCCCGCUAACUCCCGACUUGCAGAAUGUCAACAACUCGGCGCAGCGCCGCACGGCCCUGCUGGACUAUGAAAACCUUCCGGCGCUCCCGCCUGUUUGGGAGGCCAGGAAGUCAAGCUGGGAGGAUGAGGAGAGCGGAAGCCUGAAGACGCCAUCGCUCAAUGGCUUCAAUCAUCCGCACCAUUGCUGCCCCCUUCCGCUUUCCGCUGCCUUGGAGCCCUCGCAUAACUACGUCAACACGGAGAAUGUGACGGCUCCGCUGAGUGCGCAUCGACCUGACACGGCUCGCCGCCGCACUGACGGACCCACAAUUUUCAACUUUGACUUCCGCCGGCCAACGGGUCACACCGAGCCGCCCAAGACGCUCAAUUACAUCGAAGUGGAGAUGGACAACGGCGGCGGAAACAGAGGGGCCUCAGACGGCAGCAACCCCCACACACCACGCACCCCCACCUCGCCGAUGCCCCCGACCACCCCCACGCGGCGCACAGAGCUGUACGCCCUCAUCGACAUCGAGCGCACGGCCGCCAUGUCCAACCUCCAGAGGGCGCGGCCGCGAGACGACGGCACGUCACGUAAAACGCGGCACAACAGCACCGAGCUACCCACCAAAAGCGCUGCGUGACUCCGCCCCCUCAUGUGACUUCCCGUGGCGCACUUGCCACCGACAGACGUUUAUUGUUGUGGUCAGGUGACCCAACUAACGAGAGCAUUCCUCUUCUUCUAUGGUACAAAUCAGUAUUACUGAAGCAAGCAUUCCAUUGAGCGACUCGCGCUGCUGUAACUUCCUGGUACACAACUUCCUGUUUUGAUUCCACCACAAUAAAAGUAUCUUGUUUGUAUUUCAUGGACACUUCCAAUGUGCAGUUUUGUUUUUGCCUGUAACCUUGGCAACAAGAAAGUGACAUUUUUUAAAAAGAAUUAUGACUUGAUGCACAGAAUGUAUUUAUUGCUCAGAAAUUUCCAAACAGUGGCCUACCGUAUUUGCUCACUAGGUGGCAGCAAAUUAUCAAUGGCCACACAAUGGGGAAGUUUCAUUCAUUGACCCCUGCCACCCCCCAAAAAUCUGUACCAAUAAAUAUUACCUGUUUAUUUUAAUCAAUGUACAUACUGAUCAUUUUAUGCAUAUGUAUUUAACGCCCACUGGUGGGUAGGGUUUUCCCAACCCAUUCAGUUCAAGAGUCCCAACUCUGAAACCCUGUAUUAAGAUUGUGCCAAAAUGUUACUAAUAAA